GUGCCAGGUUCGGUUCAGUGGGACUGUUGGGGUUGCCUGCUUGCUCUAGUUGUGCAUCUACCAGCCUCUCUCUCUCUCACCAGCCACAUGGCGCGCUCCCAGCUGCCUUGCCCUCUCUUCCUCCUCUGCUCCCUCCUGAUGCUGCCCUCGGUGCUGCUGCAGAUCGUGGGAAUACCUGGGGGUAUUUCUCCCAUACCCGUCACAAGUGAGGGGGUCCAGGAAGCUGCCGCCUUCGCCGUGGAACAAUACAACGAGCGCAGUAACAACGCCGACUAUUUCAAGGAGCUGAGGAUUGUGGAGGCAAAAUCCCAGGUGGUUGAAGGCAUAAAAUACAUUCUUACGGUGGAACUGGGGAAAACAGUGUGUAAAAAGAGCAACGGGCCAAUGGCAUUCAGCGAGAUCCAGAAAUGUGAGCUGGUUCCAAGCGAUCAGCAGAAGAAACUAACCUGCAACUUUCAGAUCUGGUCCCGUCCUUGGCUGAAGGACACAGAGCUGUUAAGCACGAACUGCUCUUAAUCUGGAUGACUGAGGUGGACGUCACGUGCCGAGACCAACGCGGGCAAAUGAUUCUGAGUGUGUCCAGCAGCCAAAUAACCUCUUGGGUGCAGCUUGGUUUCUUCCAAACAAGAUCCCAUGUACGGCCGUUCGCAAAUCAUGAACGAAACGGUUCAUUGAAAUCCAAAAUUCACCAUUUCUGAAAUUGUUCUACAACAUAAAUGGGGGCCUUUUCUCGCUCUUCAAUUCCAUCCUCUUUUCUACACCCUCUUCCAGAAGACAAAUCAAUAUUUUGUUUAAAUCAGUUAGUCUAAAUAAAGCUAUCAUCAUGAUA